GGCGAAGUAGAGACACCAUGAACAAACGCAACAACUGCCUCCACCCACAACCACGCAGCUUCUGAUUCGCCGGGUACAUUCGCCGCCGUGGGUAGUUACCGCCGGAGAUCCUCUUCAUGGCGGGUCAAUCGCGGAAGUGGAUGAUUUUAGUGGCGACUAUAUGGAUUCAGGCGUUCACGGGCACGAACUUCGACUUCUCGGCCUACUCGUCGGAGAUGAAGUCGGUGCUGGGGAUCUCUCAGGUGCAGCUCAACUACCUGGCCGUGGCCUCCGACCUCGGCAAGGCGGUUGGGUGGUCGUCCGGCCUGGCGUUGAUGUACCUUCCCUUGUGGCUGGUCAUGUUCGUGGCGGCCGUCAUGGGCUUUUUUGGGUAUGGUCUUCAAUGGCUCGUCAUUCGGAACAUCAUUAGCUUGCCCUACUUCGUGGUAUUUCUUCUGUGUUUGUUGGCUGGAUGUAGCAUCUGCUGGUUCAACACAGUCUGUUUCAUUCUCUGCAUUCGAAAUUUCCCAGCUAACCAGCCUCUUGCAAUAGCACUAACAGUGAGCUUCAAUGGUGUAAGUGCAGCCUUAUACACCCUUGCUGCCAAUGCAAUUAACCCAUCGUCCGAUGCAUUAUACCUUCUUCUCAAUGCUGUCAUACCGAUUCUCACAUCCAUUGCAGCACUAAUACCGAUUCUUCGCCAACCUCCUUUGGACCCCCUUCCCCCUGAUGCAGUUCGACGUGAUUCCUUUAUAUUCCUCCUAUUAAAUUUCUUGGCCGUUGUCACUGGCCUCUAUCUACUAUUUCUCAGUUCAACGGAUUUUAUGACAGCUCGUAUCCUCUUUAGUGGGGCCGUUUUCCUCCUCAUCCUCCCCUUAGGUAUCCCUGGCAUGAUCUAUGCUCGAGAUUGGUUCCGUCAUGCUAUCCACUCAAGCUUCCGCCUUGAAGGCUCAGGCUUCCUUCUUGUUGAUGUGGAUGAUCUUGAGCUUCAUAAAGAACUCAUCACUCGGGAGACAAGUAAUUUAGGAAAUGGAGUCACUAACUCUGUUAAUGGUGAUGCAUCUACUUAUUUAGUUCCAAGAAAAACUAGUGGAGCUAGUGAAGGGUGUUGUGAGACAAUAAUAGAGAAAAAUCGGUUGACAAUGCUUGGAGAAGAGCACAACGCACAGAUGCUUAUUCGUAGGUUGGAUUUUUGGCUAUACUAUAUUGCAUAUUUUUGUGGAGGUACAAUUGGUCUAGUCUACAGUAAUAAUCUAGGGCAGAUUGCACAAUCACUUGGACUAAAUUCAAUGACCUCAACCCUUAUCAAAAUCUAUUCAUCCUUCUCCUUCUUUGGCCGCUUGAUUUCAGCAGCCCCGGACUUCAUGCGUGCGAAGAUCUACUUUGCAAGGACCGGUUGGCUAGCCAUUGCACUUUUUCCGGCCCCAAUUGCCUUCUUCUUGCUUGCUGCAGCAGGCAGUGAGAUGGCGCUCCAAGCAGGCACUGCCUUGGUUGGAUUAAGCUCAGGGUUCAUAUUUGCAGCUGCUGUUUCAAUAACAUCUGAACUGUUUGGGCCUAAUAGUGUGGGUGUCAACCACAACAUACUCAUAACCAAUAUCCCAAUUGGGUCACUUGUCUACGGUCUCCUUGCUGCGCUGGUUUAUGAUGCCAAUGCGAGUUCUAGCACAGGAGGCGGUGUAAUGAAUGACUCAGUAGUGUGCAUGGGGAGACAAUGCUAUUUCUUAACCUUUGUGUGGUGGGGGUGCAUCUCUAUUUUCGGGUUAGCAGCAAGUUUACUGUUAUUCUUAAGAACUCGACAUGCUUAUGACCGAUUUGAACAGAACCGGAUAUCUACACUAUAUUAGUGAAUUGCCAUCAAGGAGACCCAUGGUAACAAAUUAAAUGGUUGGAGAAGGUUCCAAUGUAUAGAAAUGUCAAUGUUUACCUAUUUUGUUUCAUAUAUAUUAUAUAAAUUCAUUUUAUAUAAAUUCAUUUUCAAUGAGAGAGAGAGAUCCUUGUAGUUGAAAUGAAAUUAACAAGAAGUAAAGCCAAAAAUUUGAUCUUCUUGAAUUAGUCGAGUUGAGGUUUACCAAUUAUGGUGGACAUUGAAGCUUGUGAAGGGUUUUACUUUACUGAGGUUAGUUUGAAAUUUUCUGGUGAUAUUCAAGCACAAUGUACUGUUUUUUUCUUUGUU